UUUUUCAUUAUACGCGUUAGGUUACGGCGGGGUCGGCGAUUUUACUUUCCAGCGCCGUGGGCGCCGCUCUGGGAUAAGGAUCGGACAGUGAGACCGGGAAAGCCAAGUUGCUGAAAAGAUGAAGCUCUCACAGUGGCCCGUGUUCGCUGCUGGCCUCCUUUGGGGAGUUCUUCUGGCAUGGGCAGAGGGAGAUGGUUAUGAUGUGGGCGGCUUCGGAGGAGGACAAGAUGUUCUUGAUUGUUCUGGAGCAGGUCAAGGAGGUCAAGGCUGUGGCUGUGGGUGUAUGUGUCCAGCACCCAGAGGGCCACGGGGAGGCCCCGGACCUAGAGGACUGCCCGGUCCAGGAGGCCCAGAGGGAAUUCAGGGACCAAAAGGGGACAUGGGGAUGCCUGGACUCCCUGGGGACCAGGGGAUGAAGGGCCACCAGGGUUUAAGAGGACCACAAGGCCCCACCGGGCCACCUGGGCCAAGUGGACCUGAGGGCCCUGCCGGCCGGCCAGGUGAUAAAGGUUUCAAGGGUGACCAGGGCUUACCUGGCAAGGGUGGGGAGAAAGGACUACGGGGAAUGCAGGGUCUGCCAGGGAUACCAGGAGAACCGGGAAUGCUCGGUGAGCAAGGACCUAUGGGUAUGCCUAAGGUCCAAAGGGAGACAAAGGUCAUCCAGGAUUGCCAGGUCAACCAGGACAGUCAAUCGAGGGUAGACCUGGUCCCCCAGGCCCCCUGGGACCUCGUGGUGACAAAGGUCAGCAAGGACCUCCAGGACUUCCCGGAUUAA